CAAAAGUGCUGCAUUUUGUCAAUGGUAGUUGAGAGAAAAAUUGCGAUAAAAAAUCUUUUCUUGUCUAUUGAUUCAUCCAUCGUUGCCCCACCGACUGAUGUGAAAUUUUCUCGAUAAAUUAUUUAAUUUAUCGUUUUAUAAGAAAAUUCUACUUAGAAUUAACGUAUAGACUAACGGGGCAAUCGUUAAAUUCAACCAAAAUAUAGACUCGUGUCGCAAAACGUCUUAAACCCUCUUCCUGUAUGUCACCUGUGCGUUCAUCGGGCGACAGCUUCCGAUCGGUUUCGCACGUCCUACAAUAAACAAUAGUUUGUUUUUGCGGCGUAUUCACGCGGGCGAUCGAUCGCGUGCGGUGUUGUGCAGUGGUAAUGGUCGGUGCAGUGGCAGUGGAGGUGGAGAUGCAUCAGUGAAGGGAAGGAGCGCUAGCAGCAGGGCUCGCCAGGGACUCAGAUGUUGGAGACGCGAACCGCGCGCGCCGCAGACUCGGUGUGGGCGAGCAAGCCGCUGCCGGCGCCGCACGCCAUGGCCAACCCGAGACAUGGGAAAAACGCUCAGGAGGACGUGUGCUACGUGGUCGCGAAAUACGACUACGCAGCGCAAGGCGCCCAAGAGCUCGAUCUCCGCAAGAACGAGCGCUACCUCCUGCUCGACGACUCGAAACAUUGGUGGCGUGUACAGAAUGCGCGCUCCCAGUCGGGCUACGUACCUAGCAACUAUGUCAAGAAGGAGAAACCUUCGCUCUUUGACAGUAUUAAGAAGAAAGUGAAAAAAGGCUCCGGUUCCAAGACGCUUCCCUCGAACAGCUCUCCAGUCCGCGGCGGCACGGAGUCGCCCGGAGCGAGGCGCGUCGCAGAACCCACGGAGGCACUAGGGACCGCCGUCGUCAAGUACAACUAUCAAGCGCAGCAACCCGACGAGCUGUCGCUCACCAAAGGGACCAGGAUCCUGAUCCUGGAGAAGAGCAACGAUGGCUGGUGGCGGGGGCAGUACCAGGGGCACACUGGAUGGUUUCCUUCGAACUACACGAGCGAAGAGGGCGAUGCCGAGGACCCGGUCCACACUUACGCUAUGGCGGAGAACGUUCUAGAUAUUGUUGUGGCGUUAUACUCGUUCACAUCGAACAACGAGCAAGAGCUGUCGUUCGAGAAGGGCGAUCGCCUGGAGAUCGUCGAGAGACCUCCCUCCGACCCCGAGUGGUACCGCGCGCGCGACUCGCGCGGCCGCCAGGGGCUCGUGCCGCGCAACUACCUGCAGGAGCUCGCCGACUACCUCGCCAUGCCCUACAGUGAAGCGACGGAAGGCGGUCGAGCCGUGGCCGGCACCGGAGCGCAGGGCCGCGCCUGGUACUACGGCGCCAUCACGCGCACGCAGUGCGACACGCUGCUCAACCAGCACGGACACGACGGCGACUUCCUCAUCAGAGACUCCGAGACUAAUGUCGGUGAUUUCUCAGUAUCCCUAAAAGCGCCGGGCCGUAACAAGCACUUCCGCGUCCACGUCUCCGGUUCCCUGUACUGCAUCGGACAGCGCAAGUUCCCCACGCUCGACCAGCUGGUCGCACAUUACCAACGGGCACCCAUCUACACCAAUAAGGCGGGCGAGAAGCUGUACCUCGUGCGUCCGCUGCCGCGCGCCGACCCGCCCUGCUGAGCCACACUAGCCACCACACCCGCCAC